GUUGCAUGAAGUUGCAUGAGCACCUCCGCUCUUUCUUAGUGUUUAUUCGUUUUAUUGUUGUUAAUAACAUGGAAGAAUCUAAAAAAACAUCUUAUACUUCUUAUAGGUAUUGUUUAGUACCAAAGUGUACAAACACUACCAAAAGUGCACCCGAGAAAUUAUUUUUUGACGUGCCAAGAGAUGUGAAAGUACGCAAACAAUGGUGCAAACUUAUGAAAAGAGGAAAACUAAAUCCCUCAACCACUUUUCAUUGUUGUGAAGAUCACUUUAACCUUGAAGAGGAUACAGAAAAUUAUAUCCAAUAUAGCAUAAUGCGAGAACAAGGGAUAAAAGUUCACCUAAGAUUAAAGAAAGGAAUUGUACCUCAUAAAUUUGAAUGCCAAAACCGAAAUCGUUCACCGCCAAUCCAAGUGCAUUCUGUUAAGAGACAAAGAUUAUCUUUGAUAAAUGAAGUUCUCUCAGACUCUGCUGUCAUAAACAGCAACUCAGAAAUCUCAGAACCUCCACAUUCAAGCAACUAUGAAGCAGAGUCUAGCACUGCCACUAUCAAGUGUCAUGAUAAUGAACCGGGAAGCAGCACUGCUGUUAUGGAAUGUACAAGCGCAUGGCCACUAAUAUUUAUAAAUGAGGGAGCCGUAAUUCUGGAUAAAGGGGUCCGUGUGAAGGAAGAACCAGAAUGCGAGGAAACUGCAAACUUGUGCAAAAUAAGCGAGGCCACCGAGCUAGCUGGCCUGUACUCUGACCACCUUGUCAAGGAAGAGCCUAUGCUGGGGCGGGAGCUCCCGCACCAGCCUGAUUUGGAGUGUAUCAAAACGGAGGUGGAGCAUAUCAAAACUGAGGUGUCAGGUGAAGAGUGGAUUUUCGUGGAGCUUUGCAAGGAAAUGCCUGACAGUACUACCGGGCUCCGCGAUGAGGAGGAAAGAAUCCACACCGGCGAGAAACUCUUUAAUUGUGACAUAUGUGACAAACAAUUUACACAAAAAGGACAUUUAACAGUACACAAACGCAUACACACUGGCGUCAAACCUUACAGCUGUGAUACAUGUGACAAGCAAUUUGCAAGAAGCGACCAUUUAGUAGAACACAAACGCGUACACGUGGGCGAUAAACCUUUUCUCUGUGAGAUAUGUAAUAAACAGUUUACAAAAAAGGGACAUUUAACAGUACACAAACGCGUACACACCGGUGUCAAACCUUAUAGCUGUGACAUGUGUGACAAGCAAUUUGCUAGAAACGUUCAUUUAUCAGAACACAAACGCAUGCACACCGGCCUCAAACCUUUUAGCUGUGACAUGUGUGACAAGCAAUUUGCAAGAAGCGGUCAUUUAUCAGAACACAAACGCAUACACACGGGUGACAAACCUUUUCUCUGUGAUAUAUGCAACAAACAAUUCACACGAAAAGCACGCUUAACAGAUCACAAACGCAUACACGACUAUACUUUAAUACAACAAAAACUUUCACAAACCAAGGACAAACCCUUUAGCUGUGAUUUGUGUGGUAAAAAGUUUAGUAGUAAGCACACCGUAACACUACACAAACUGGUACACACCGAUGAGAAACGAUUUAGCUGUGAAAUAUGUAACAAGGAAUUUAGACAUAAAUGUACAUUAUUAAUACAUAAACGCAUACACACUGGUGACAAACCCUUCAGCUGUGAAAUAUGUAACAAGAAAUUUAGACAUAACAGUGCAUUGUCAGUGCACAAACGCUUACACACCGACGAUAAACCUUUUAGCUGUGACAUGUGCGACAAACAGUUUAGUGAUAGGAGUAACUUAGCACGGCACAAACUGAUACAUACCGGUGACAAACAUUAGCUGUAAGAUUUGU